UUCAGUUACUAAAGUUAGUUCCAACCAAACGCACAAAAAGAAAUAUAUACAUAUAUUCGAAAUAUAAUCGCAAUAUUCCAAUUUUCAAAUACCGUUUCAAAUUUGUUGCAACAUUUUCCAAUUGCAUUUUCAAAUUCGUACACUGCUGUACGUACACACGCACUCUCGUGGAAAAGGACUCUGUUCUUGUUUUUUUUUUUUUAAACUUUUUUUGACAAGUGCAGCCGCGAAAAAAGGGGCAAAAGAUCCGAUCCACGAAAGAUCGGAAAGAUCUUGGCGCGAUUCGCGCGCGAUUUGCAGAAGAAGGAGCAGAGCAGAGGCCAAUAAGGAUAAAGGAUACAGGAUAAAGGAUACAGAUACAGAUACAGGAAGUGAAUCAGUGAACAAUUAGAGACUCCUCCUCGCAUGCUCGCGCCGCAAUGUGCGUGGACUGUGUGCAAACACUGACAAAGGCCGAAUGCAGCCGCAAGUUAAACAAUAAACAUUAAGGGAAAAACAACAAAUACCCACAGAAUACAGAGAAUAAAGAGCGAGUAUCAACAGCUCCAGAGAAAGAAGAUAUUGCCCGCAUUUUCGGGACCCAAAAGUCGCCCUACCUUUCUACAAAGGGGGCAAAUUAACAGCCGCCAACAUACGCAAGAAGGUGACCUCGAAGAAGGCCAGCGUUGUGUCGGUUGACGACGAUCACAACAACAAUAACAACCACAACAACGACCACAACGCUCGGCAGGCAACACCAACACUAGCAAUCCAUACACCCACUACCACCACCACCCCCAGUCGGACACCCACAUUGACACCGAUUGCCACGCCCACACCAACGCCCACACCCACAGCCACGCCCACGCCCACACCCACACCCAAACCGGACACAGCUGAGGGACAGGAUUAUCAAAGCAAAAUGGACGACACACAGCACUUCUGUCUCCGUUGGAAUAAUUAUCAGAGCAGCAUCACAUCGGCAUUUGAGAAUCUGCGCGACGAUGAGGCCUUUGUGGAUGUCACCCUCGCCUGUGAGGGGCGCAGCAUUAAGGCGCAUCGCGUUGUCCUCUCCGCCUGCAGUCCCUACUUCCGCGAAUUGUUGAAGAGCACACCCUGCAAACAUCCUGUUAUACUACUGCAGGAUGUGAACUUCAUGGAUCUGCAUUCGUUGGUGGAGUUCAUAUAUCAUGGAGAGGUCAAUGUGCAUCAGAAGUCACUGCAGUCCUUCCUCAAGACAGCCGAAGUGCUGCGUGUGUCAGGACUCACCCAACAGCAGGCAGAGGAUACGCAUAGCCACCUGGCUCAAAUACAGAACCUGGCCAAUGCCGGCGUCCGUACGCCCCUCAACUCUCACGCCCAUCCACAUCCACUCCAUGGCGCGCUCCAUGAUGAUGGUGGCGCCUCGACACUGUUUAGCCGCCAGGGAGCUGGCUCCCCACCGCCGCCACCACAGUCGCUGCCUCCGCACCUCAACAACCAGAUUCUGAAGCGCAUGGCCAUGAUGCACCGCAGCAGUGCGGCCGCCGCUGCGGAGGAGACCUCUCAUGCCCUCAAGCGUAUGCGUGGAUCCGCCGACAAUGGUCUGCCUCUCGGCAGUGGCAGCAACAACAACAGCCCGGACUUGCCACCCAUUCAUGCGCGCAGCGCAUCGCCCCAGCAGACGCCGGCUGACUUUAGUACGAUCAAGCACCACAAUAACAACAAUACACCGCCGCUAAAGGAAGAGAAACGCAACGGACCUACUGGCAACGGAAACACUGGCAACAAUGGCGCUAGCAAUGGCAACGGCAAUGGCAUCUCCAUCAGCGACAAACUGGGCAGCCUCACACCCUCACCCCUGGCCCGCGCCGCCGCCGAUGAUCAGGUCAAGUCAGAGCCCAUGGAGCUGGUGUGCUCCAACAACAAUGCCAAUCCCAAUGAUGAGCACAGCAAUGACUCCACCGGCGAGCAUGAUGCCAAUCGCUCGAGCAGCGGUGACGGUGGCAAGGGCUCCCUAAGCUCUGGUAAUGAUGAGGAAAUCGGUGACAGUCUCGCCUCACAUCAUGCGGCACCACAGUUCAUCAUGUCGCCGGCAGAGAACAAAAUGUUCCAGGCAGCCGCCUUUAACUUCCCAAUGACCAAUCUCGAUCAUCCAUUGCUUGGUCUCAACACACAAUUGCAGCAGUCCGGUGAUCUUGCCGUGUCCCCACAAGGUGGCAGCACCGGUGGUGGCAGCCUACUCGGCGGCGUCAUAGUGCCCGGCGGUAGUGGCAAUCCUUCUAGUAAUAGUAGUAGCAACAACCAACAACAACAACAACAACAACAACAAGUAGACCAACAACAAUCAUCACAACAACAACAACAACAACACCACCUCCUCCUCCAACAACAACAACAACAUCAUUCCACACAACAUAAUCCACAACAACAGCAUCUGCAACAGCAGCAGCAACAACAACUGAAACAAGAACAACAACAGCGCAACAGCAGCGGUGGCAGCAACAUCAAACUCGCCCACGAAAGGGAAAGCCUUUCCCGUUCCUCGCAUGGCGGUGCCACAGAUGGGCAUGUGGGCACACCCUCACCCUCACCCCAGGCCUACCACAAGCGGGAGAGAGAGCGCGAGAGGGAGCGUGAGAGGGAACGUGAACGCGAACGGGAGCGAUCGCUCGACCGAGAGCGGGACAUUGAGCCGUCGGGCACAGGAUCAGGACCAUCUUCGCCGCCACUACCACCGCCGACUUCGCAUCACUCACAUUUCGGACAGCAUCCGCUGUCCCUGCUGCCCAGCCACCAUCAGUUGCAUGCCACACAUCACGAAUUGACCGCCGCCGCCCAUCAUGCCCAUGCCCAUGCGCACGCUGCCCAUGCCCAUGCGCUGGCACGGGCGGGAUCCCCGCUAGAGCAUCACCAUUUGCUGCACCACCGACGCGCCUCGCUGUCGCCUUCCGCUGCCGCCGGUAGCAGCGGUGGCGGUCGUGGCUCGGCCGCCGGCGGACCUGGGGGAAGUCUGCUCUCCUCCGUAAGGGCUAGCGAUGUGGCACAGGCUAAUCGGCUGCUGUUGCCCCUGCCGCUGAAUGCGUGCCACCGCUGCGAUGUCUGCGGCAAGCUGCUGAGCACCAAGCUCACCCUGAAGCGGCACAAGGAGCAACAGCAUCUGCAGCCGCUGAACAAUGCCGUCUGCAACCUGUGCCACAAGGUGUUCCGCACCCUUAACUCGCUGAACAACCACAAGAGCAUCUACCACCGACGCCAGAAGAACCAUCACUCGUACUUCCAUCAUGGAGCCGGCGUUGGCGGUGUCGGUGUGGGCCAGGCCGGCAGUCCGGGCAGCCGUCUCCAUCAGUCCCUUAGCUCCCUGAGCGCUGCAGCAGCAGCGGCCAAUAACAGUGGAGCCGCUGGCGGCGGCGGGGGAGCCGGCGGCAAUGCAGUGGCAGCCGCCGCAGCUGCGGCCGCCGCUGCUGCUGAGCUUCUGCUGUCGCCCAUUGUGGGUGCAGCGGCUGUGGCCGGGGGCACGGCCAGCUCAACGCUUCAGCUGGCGGCGGCGCACCAGCAGCAGCAGCAGCAGUCGUCGCCGGGCAUUGUCAAGCCGUGCAUAGACUUUUUAUAAGAUCAGCAUCAAUUAUUGCAGCAGCUGUUCCACGUUGCGCUCAACAACUCGGCAGCGGCUGCAGCGGCGGCGGCGGCGGCAGCUGCUGCUGCGGGACCACCGGGCACAGGGGCAUCCCCAGUCGGGGGCGGGGAACCGUACGGAUCGGGAGCUAGCAGCACGCCCACCGUAGACCUCACUCAGUUGGACCAUUCGGGUGGAGGCGGAGUCGGAGGCAGUGCGGGCGGCUUUUCCGCGGCGGCCAUGCAACUCCAUCAGCAGCAGCAACAACAGCUCAGCCACCAUCUGCCACCACAUCUGUCGGCCCACCAGCAGCAUCACCAUCAGCAUCCGCAUCAGCAUCAGUUGCCCCACCAGCAUCCGCAUCAGCUGCCGCACCCGCACACGCAUCCCCCACAUCAGCACCAGCAUCAGCAUCAGCACCAGCACCAGAAUCCCUAUGAACGUAUGAAUUUAUUAGAUCAAUAAGCGAGGCGCAGAAAAGUAUGCUACGGAAAAACAUAGAGACAGGAGAGGAUAGGAGACGACACCACGAGAAGAAUCGGGCACCCACAUACACUGGCAGACACACCCACACACCCACACACCGACACACGCAUUUCGAGAGAGGAGGCGAAAGAUGGGAAGAUGUUAGAAUAGAACCGACCGACCGACACUAGGAUUAGAAGGAUCAGAAGGAGCAGUACGCAAAGAUAUCCUCCUUCUCCAGGAUCAUUCAUUGAUGAUGCAGCAAAGCGAGAAUUGUAGAACUACUACUACUACGUACAUAUGUAUUUUGGAUCUCAAAUAGCGGAAAAUUCAAAGACUUUUUCGGCACGAACAAAAAAAAAACGAAAACAAAGAACAAGAAAAAAGAGAGCGAGAGUGAAACGAGAGGAAAGAAAAACAAAAACAAAAAAAAACAAAAAACAUUUUUAGGCAAAUGGAAAAACUGUGAUUAUUUACGACUUGAUUAUAAAGCAAGCAAAAACAAAAGUCUUUUACGAUAUAUAUACGCUAUAUACAAUACAUACGAUACAUCUAAAGCGGAGGAAAGAAAUAUACAAAAAGUAGGAAUCGCGCUGGAAUCCUGGGGCAGGAUAAAAACGUAUAGAUACAUAUACAAUAUAAGCAUUUUUUUUGUGCAUAUCCCAAAUUGGGAUGCGAAUAGAAAGGAUGGUCGUUAGAGCUAGGCUAGGAGAAAGCAUCAAGGAGGAAAACAGAGCAAAGGAGAAGGAAUCAAAGGAGUAACAAGAAGAAAGCGGACCUUUGGAGCACACACGGAUAGAAGACUGUUAACCCACACACGCACACACACACACACACACACACACAAAUAAAAGCACUCUCACACACACUGAACCCCCUGAGUAUUACCCAACGAGGAUCGUCCGACCGUCAUCAUCCUUCCAUUCAUAAUCCAGAGUUACAGAUGCGGAUGCCACCCAAGGAUCACCCAUCAAUGUGCAAUGCGCUAAACAUUCGACCCCAGACCCCUGACCCUUGACCAUCCCAACACCCCCCAACAGCCCCAGAACAAAAAUUCUUCUCUGUAGAUCCCACACAAGAACACACACUUUUUAUUUGUUCGUUAUUUUUGUAUGUAUUAUAGUAAGAUAUCAGAGAUCUACAUAUAUGUAAUACAAGCAACAUACAUACAUAUGUGUAAAUGUAGCAGCCACUAAAAAUAUUCAUCAAAUGAGUAGCAAAAUGGUUACUGAACCAGAAAUCAGAAACCAGAAACAAUAUGAACUCUAGAUCUUAAGUAAAACUAUAUAUGUAUAUGUGUGUCAUACGGUUUUUUUUUUUUUAUAUGUCUACGAAUACAUUACCAAUAGGAAGAAUAGGAUGUAUAUGCAUAAAGCUAUAGCUACAUAUACAUAAAUACGCAUAUAAAUACGAUAUAUGGAUAUGGAUACAUAUGAAUAUGAAUAUGCAUAUUAUACUAAGACUAUGGACUCAGCAGCAUAACGGAUACACAGCAUAAGGAAAAACAUUAAUUUCAAAAGUGAAAAUUUCAUGAGGGGAGAUCUUUACGUAGGCAAAGGACAGGAGGAGAGUGGGAUCAGUAAAAGGAGCAGUAGUAGGACCAGGACCAGGACCAAGACCAGGACCAGGACCAGGGUUAGGAUAGACAACAAACAGCUGAAGUUUAUUUAGAGAUCGAUUUGGGGCACUGUAUAUUUUUCGUAGGGUUUUUUUCAUUGGAGCUGUUAUCUCAUCUCAUGAGGACUGAUUAGGUUUUAGACUCCGUUAAACCCGAUAAAAACGAUAAACAAUGGUCGACUAUCGAUAAAUGAUUCAUUCAAUAAUCCACUGAACGAUAAACGACUAUCGUUGACUGUCGAUUAAUGACUCGAUUUACUUGAUAAACUGAUGACUUGAACAAUAAAAUUGUUUGGCCCCUCAGUUAGUCGUUUUAUAAAUAUAUUUUCCAAUUGGCAGAAUAAUCAAAAUUUAGACUGUUUACUUUUGUCGCGUUUUUGCAUCCUUUUUACAUUGAUUUAAAUGAGACUGAUGAGCCUUUGAAGUAGAACUUUAGAGAAAGGGCAAAAACGAACUACGGACUACACAACCGAAUGAAUGGGGGACGGAGACCGAAGCGGAUCGAAUGGCGGGAAGGUCUUCAUUUUUAAGAGUGUGCAAUUUUCUUAGCGUGGUCAAUAGCGUUAGGGAAUGGAUAGGGGGGUUUUAGGUAAUAGAACAAAGAGCUGUAGCCUUUUAGUUAAAAGUAAAAGCCACAGGCCGAAGUUGAUGUAUCUUUACAUACAAAGAGGAGGAUUAAGGAUCGCGGAUCGAGAAUCGAGGAACGAGGAGCGUUGUGUGCGAGUAUAGUCGAAUUUUAUUUUUUAUAUGAACUUAUUUUUGAUUACCACUUAGUACCCCUUGCACCCUAAAACUCUACUCGCAGGGGGCAAGCAAAUAUAUUUCCAAUAAUUUUUAUUUUUGGCAAACAAAAAAAGUCUGAAAAACGUUUACUAAGUUACGUGUUUUGAUACCAAAUUGAUUGAUUUUUUUAAGCUUAUGCACAUACGAGUAUACUUAAUGUACUACUACCAUAUACACAAAACUAUAUCUAUAUCUGUAUCUAAUUUUAAGAGAACCCAAAACCAAACCCAAACCCAAACCCAGACCUUCUAUUUGUUAUUCCCCCCCCCCACCGGAGAGUCGCGAAGAGGAUCUCCAUAUGCAAUGCCAUAUCUACCAAUAUAUUUGUUAUUUACACGAGUAAACAGCUUCCUUGUACUACUACUACUACUACUACUACUACUACUAUCCGGGGACUGGCCUCAGCCUCAUCCUCGGACCUCUGCAAUGUCACAUCGUUUUUUAUUACGUUCAAUAAAUGAAAAUGUAAAUGUAAAUUGUAAAACACAGCAGUAUGAAUACUAUGAAUACUGUGAAUACCAGUUCGAAGAGACAGCUUUGCACUUUAAAUGUUGUUUGUGUGUAUGUACAUAUGAUGUAAAAUGUGUAUCUAACUAAAACAGUCAUCAGAUCAGUCUCAGAUACUCAGAUACCGAUACAGUAAACUCUCAAAAACACACACACACACCACACCGCACACAUACACACACAGAAAACCGAACAGGAUAAACUAAAACUAAGCUGAGAAGAUAAACUAACUCUCACUAAAAUAGCAUAUUGAUUAAUACCCCAGAUAGCAAACAGUAAGAGAUCGGUCGAUCGAUAUGAUCGAUAGCAAACAGUAACUCGUCGAUAAACGAUAAACGAUAAACAAACCAAUACAGAAUACCAAAUACCGAACACACGCAGAAUACCGAUAACCCGAAUAAGCCGAAUAGUUGAUCCGUUUCAAUGUAUGUAUUUACUAUAUGAGUAUUUGUGUUUCCGCCAUCCCUCUCCACUUAUCCACCAAUACACCCUCCUCCCCCACACCAAUCACUCCACCGCCCCUUGGCAGUUAUAUAAGCAUACUCAAUACCGUAUUAUCCAAUGAACCACUAGCUCCAAGCCACAUAAAAGCUUACAAUUACAAAAUACAAUUACAAUUACAAUACGCGAAUAUAUAAGAAGUAAACUCAAAA